AUGGCUGGCUACCUGAGAGAAACGGACUUUGUGAUGGUGGAGGAGGGUUUCAGCACCCGAGACCUGCUGGAGGAGCUCACUCUGGGGGCCUCACAGGCCACCGCGGAAGAGGUCGCUGCCUUGUUCGUGGCCGACCUGGGUGCCGUGGUGAGGAAGCACUUCUGCUUUCUGAAGUGCCUGCCUCGAGUCCGAUCCUUUUACGCUGUCAAGUGCAACAGCAGCCCGGGCGUGCUGAAGGUCCUGGCCGAGCUGGGGCUGGGCUUCAGCUGUGCCAACAAGGCAGAGAUGGAGUUGGUCCAGGAUAUUGGUGUCCCCGCCAGUAAGAUCAUCUAUGCCAAUCCCUGUAAGCAAAUUGCACACAUCAAGUAUGCUGCCAAGCACGGGGUCCGGCUGCUGAGCUUUGACAACGAGAUGGAGCUGGCAAAGGUGGUGAAAAGCCACCCCAGUGCCAAGAUGGUUCUGUGCAUCGCCACCGAGGACUCCCACUCUCUGAGCCGCCUGAGCCUCAGGUUCGGAGCGUCGCUGAAAUCCUGCCGACACCUGCUUGAGAAUGCCAAGAGGGACCAUGUAGAGGUGAUAGGUGUGAGUUUUCACAUUGGCAGUGGCUGUCCUGACCCUCAGGCCUACGCUCAGUCCAUUGCGGACGCCCGGGUUGUGUUCGAAAUGGGUGCUGAGCUGGGCCACAGGAUGCACAUCCUGGACCUCGGUGGCGGCUUCCCUGGAGUGGAGGACGCCAAAGUGAGAUUCGAAGAGAUUGCUUCUGUGAUCAACUCAGCCUUGGACCUAUACUUCCCGGAGGGCUGUGGUGUGGACAUCCUUGCCAAGCUGGGGCGCUACUACGUGACCUCAGCCUUCACCUUGGCUAUCAGCAUCAUCGCCAAGAAGGAGGUUCUUCUGGAUCAGCCAGGCAGGGAGGAAGAAACCGGUUCCUCCCCCAAGAGCAUCGUGUACCACCUCGGUGAGGGCGUGUAUGGAGUCUUCAGCUCAGUCCUGUUUGAUAGCACCUGCCCCGCCCCCAUCCUGCAGAAGAAACCAUCCACGGAACAGCCCCUGUACAGCAGCAGCCUGUGGGGCCCGGUGGCCAAUGGCUGUGACUGUGUAGCUGAGGGCUUGUGGCUGCCGCAACUACACGUAGGGGACUGGCUGGUCUUUGAGAACAUGGGCGCCUACACUGUGGGCAUGGGUUCCCUCCUCAGGGAUGCCCAGACCUGCCGCAUCACCUACGCCAUGUCCCGGGUGGCCUGGGAAGCCCUGCAAGGGCAGCUGCUGCCUGCAGAACAGGACGAGGAUGCCGAGGGCAUGUGCAAGCCUCUGUCCUGUGGCUGGGAGAUCACAGACACCUUGUGCAUGGGCCCCGUCUUCACCCCGGCGAGCAUCAUGUGA